UCCAACUUGUGCAGUCUGGACCCUGAUGGGGCAGGCUACGAAAGUGGAUGUUCUUGUUCUGGGUGGUGGAAUAGCCGGUAUCGCCGCGGCAAGGACCCUUGAGGUUAACGGUAUAGACGACUUUUUGGUCCUGGAGGCCAAUGAUCGCAUCGGAGGUCGCAUCAGAGAGGACCGCAACACGGGCAUCGAAACGGGCGCUCACUGGAUCCACGGACUGGACCCCUACGACAGACCGCACCACCCGAUCUGGCGGGAGUGGAUGAGCUGCGACGAGGACGGGCCCGACGGGAGCGUCAAUCCCGACGUCACUGCAGUCUUUGCCGCGGACGGCUCGCCCCUCAACGUCACCGGCUACCAAGAGAUACUGGAGAGGUUCGUGACGGCCUGCGAGAAUAUCGAAGUGUUGGCCGACACUCUGGGCAUAGACAUCUCCCUGAGAGAGGGGCUCAUGAUGCUUACACCGCAUUUCUAGGGCCAGAUGAAGACGCCGAGGGGGAAGACUACUUGAUAGCCGACGAUAAAGGGCUACGCGUUUGUUGUUCAGUGUAUGGCACGUGGAUUCCUAGAUCGUGUGAAGCUAAACACGCCAGUUACCACCAUACAGACUGCCAAGGAAUGUGUGUGUGCUACAGUUGAAGACGGAGGAAAAUACUGCGGAGACUAUGCCAUAACAACAUUCAGUAUAGGUGUCCUGCAAGCAGCUAUCCGAGAGGAGGAAGACGCUGUACAUUUCGAGCCUCCACUACCUGCAGCAAAGCAGAAUGCGAUUAAUUCAGUUACAGUUGUUCAUUACACAAAGAUUAGCCUCAUAUUCAACACAACCUUUUGGAACGAAACUGAUGAAGACCAACAGAUAAUUCAUUAUGCUUCCAAUGAACGUGGGGAUUAUCCACACUUUACUCUGGACAAAAACAGUCCAAACACAAUACUAGUAGAGGUGACCGAAGACUUAGCCAUCAAGGUGGAUAAUCAACCAGUCAGUACAACUGUGGAAGAAGUGAUGGUCAUACUCAGAAAGAUCUACGGGAACGACAUACCUGAGCCUCAGAAUGCAGUCGUAUCGAACUGGAGUAAUGAUCCAUUUGUCCGCUGUUCCUGGACAGUAUUUGAUGUGGGAGUACCAGAAGACAUUGUCGACCAGCUCCUGAGCCCUGUUCACAAACUCUACUUUGCUGGAGACAGUCUGAAUCGGACCCAGUAUGGUUAUGUACAUGGUGCUUAUGGCUCUGGUGCUGACAUUGCUCACAAGAUAACAAGCGAGAUUAAAAAAUCCUCGUCUGCAGCUACCACUUCAGGAAUACUAAAAGGCACAGUCAUCAUGACAGUUCUCCUCUCUGCAUUGGUCAUCUGAAAAAUAAAGAUAAUGUAUGCUUGAAACAAAGACAGUUAUUCAUCGUUACGACUAGCAUAAUGCUUACAAAUUAUGUGUAUAAUAGUUAU